UGCCAGACACCUUACAAACCACAUUUCCUCAAUUCAGUCGCCUGUAGCCAUACAACUUUUUCCCCAAGGUCUCCUUGGAAGAAGGGCUGCAACCUUUAUCAGCCAUGCAGAGAACUUCACGCGCUCUUUAUAAGCGGAUCAGUGACGAGAUCUAGGAUCUUUACUUUCGCAGACGGCAGAAAUACGAGCAGUGUGUAACAGCCGAGCGAGAGUUGUAUGAAUGUAGACAUGGCAGGGCAGUGCACAUCCGGGCCACAGUACCGUGACUCCAUUAUUUUCUGUUCACUGUGAAACUGGCGUUGAGGGAAACCAAAAAGCAACUCUAUCACACUCGACUCGUCUUUUUCUGACAUCGUCCGCCUGGAGAAGGGAAGAGGACAUGUCUAACCAAGGAGUUAGAAGAAACGGACCAGUAAAAUUGCGUUUAACAGUGCUGUGCGCAAAAAACCUUGUGAAGAAAGACUUCUUCCGGCUGCCAGACCCCUUUGCUAAGGUUGUGGUGGAUGGUUCGGGACAGUGCCACUCUACAGACACAGUGAGGAACACACUGGACCCCAAAUGGAACCAACACUAUGACCUGUAUAUCGGGAAGUCUGACUCUAUCACCAUCAGCGUGUGGAACCAUAAGAAGAUCCAUAAGAAGCAAGGCGCAGGAUUUCUGGGCUGUGUGCGACUCCUCUCCAACUCCAUUAAUAGACUCAAAGACACAGGCUAUCAGCGGUUGGACCUGAACAAGCUGGGACCCAAUGACAGCGACACCGUGAGGGGCCAGAUAGUUGUUAGUCUUCAGUCCAGAGACAGAAUAGGCAGUGGCGGUCCAGUGGUAGACUGCAGUCGUCUAUUCGACAAUGAUUUGCCGGAUGGCUGGGAGGAGAGAAGAACCGCAUCUGGCCGGAUUCAGUAUCUGAAUCAUAUCACACGCAGCACCCAAUGGGAGAGACCUACCAGGCCUGCUUCAGAGUAUUCCAGCCCCGGCAGACCGCUCAGCUGCCUGGUGGAUGAGAACACACCCAUCAUGACGCCCAAUGGGGCGGCCGGUGUACCUACCGACGACCCGCGAGUACAGGAGAGAAAAGUUCGAUCUCAGAGACACAGAAACUACAUGAGCAGAACUCACCUGCACACACCGCCGGACCUGCCCGAAGGAUACGAGCAACGGACCACACAGCAGGGCCAAGUGUAUUUUCUGCACACACAGACGGGUGUCAGCACAUGGCAUGAUCCUAGAGUGCCCAGAGAUCUAAGUAACGUGAACUGUGAGGAGUUGGGUCCUUUGCCUCCAGGCUGGGAGAUCAGAAACACGGCCACCGGACGCGUCUACUUUGUGGACCACAACAACCGGACCACUCAGUUCACAGACCCCCGUCUCUCUGCUAACCUGCACCUGGUGCUUAAUCCCAGUCCGAAUGGUUCCCGUAGUACGUCGGAGGCUCAGAGCAGUCGUCCUGGGCAGCUGAAGGAGCAGGCGCAGUCUGUGGUGUCGCCUGGUAACCUCCCCGAGGAUCCCGAAUGUCUCACGGUGCCCAAGUAUAAACGAGACCUGGUACAGAAACUGAAGAUCCUCAGACAGGAACUGUCCCAGCAACAGCCUCAGGCUGGACACUGCCGUAUCGAGGUCUCGCGAGAGGAGAUCUUUGAGGAAUCAUACCGGCAGGUGAUGAAGAUGAGGCCGAAGGACUUGUGGAAGAGGUUGAUGGUGAAGUUUAGAGGAGAAGAAGGUCUUGAUUAUGGAGGAGUCGCCAGGGAGUGGCUGUACUUGCUGUCGCACGAGAUGUUAAAUCCUUACUAUGGGCUGUUCCAGUAUUCAAGAGAUGACAUUUACACGCUACAGAUCAACCCAGACUCGGCCGUCAAUCCGGAACACUUAUCGUAUUUCCACUUUGUGGGGCGGAUCAUGGGAAUGGCUGUUUUUCAUGGGCAUUACAUCGACGGAGGCUUUACUCUACCCUUCUACAAGCAGUUGCUAGGGAAACCCAUCACUCUUGAUGAUAUGGAGUCAGUGGACCCGGACCUUCACAACAGCCUCGUCUGGAUCCUUGAUAAUGACAUCACGGGGGUGCUGGAUCACACGUUUUGUGUCGAACACAAUGCCUAUGGAGAGAUCAUUCAGCAUGAACUGAAACCCAAUGGCAAAAGCAUACCUGUAACCCAGGACACAAAGAAGGAAUAUGUCAGGUUGUACGUGAACUGGCGGUUCCUGAGAGGCAUUGAAGCUCAGUUUUUGGCCCUCCAGAAAGGAUUUAAUGAAGUCAUCCCUCAACAUCUUCUCAAGUCCUUUGAUGAGAAAGAGUUGGAGCUUAUCGUGUGCGGCCUCGGUAAGAUCGACAUCAAUGACUGGAAGUCAAACACUCGUCUGAAGCACUGCACGCCCGACAGUAACAGUGUGAAGUGGUUCUGGCGGGCCGUCGAGUCGUAUGAUGAAGAGCGGAGAGCCCGACUGCUUCAGUUUGUCACCGGUUCCUCAAGGGUGCCACUGCAAGGAUUCAAAGCCCUGCAAGGUGCCGCUGGACCACGUCUCUUUACCAUUCACCAGAUUGAUGCCAGCACCAAUAACUUGCCCAAAGCGCACACUUGCUUUAACCGAAUCGACAUUCCUCCGUACGAGACAUACGACAAACUCUACGACAAGCUGUUGACGGCCAUCGAGGAGACCUGCGGCUUCGCUGUGGAAUGAUAGCGGUUGCAGAGGAAGCUUUCUCCGGGGCGGGACGCACCUGUCAGGCAGCCGACAGAAGCCUCACGUUUCCCCCUGCGGAUGAGGAAGUUUAAACAGGAAGGCCUCAGGAAGGGUGGAUUAUAGCGCAGCACUCCUGAUGCUGCUAUACGAGUUCAUUUGAAAAGAAGAGAAGAAGCAACUUUCUUUUCAGCUGCUAGUAACUCUUUAACAUUUUACUCACUAUUUUACGGAUCCUCCUCUUCCUGUUGUUUUUUUUUUUAGUCCACACGAUUUUUUUUUAGCAUUAAGACAAAAGAUAUUAACAGUAUUUCAUGUAGCAUUUGUACCAACUAGACUUUAAAAGAGGCUGAAGAGACUUUAGCGAGGAGGAUGCAGACAAGCUGAUGUAGAAGCACUACUGUCUUUACACGAAAAGGUCAACAAAGGACUGCAACAUUUGCCGUUUUGGACUUGAAGCUUUUUGUAGUACCCGCAAAACUUUUCUUGUUGAUUUAUCAGCAGGUUGGCGCGGUAAGCGACAGCAGGAAGUUGCGAGGUUUGCUUUCUUACAAUCAGGGAAGUCAAUCCUCUCCGCUGGCCUCUUUUGGGCUCCCUUACAUUAAACAACAUCCAACUCUACCUAGACAGACUUGAGUUAUAAGCUUGUUUCAAUUGAAAGAAUCCUUUUGUCGGUAGGUAGUCUAGCUUUAUUUUUAUAUGGUGUGAGGAGAUGAGGUUAAACAAAUCAAAUUAAACAGAUCUAAUAUAUCGGCAUAUAAAAACCGUAAAAAAUCAGUCAGGUUGACAUUGGCUUGCUUUAAAUUUUUACAAUUGUGAAAAAAAUCAAUAAAUAUAUUGUCUUAUUGGUAUCAGCUUUUUUAUGAAGAAAUUCCAAGUCUCAGAUGUUAAUUAAACCCUUUAAAAAUUCGAAUACGAUGCAAAUGUAUGCGCAUGUUAAUGAGAUGUGAAAUGUCUUCCAUUUCUUAGCGUCUCGUUAUGAUGUCACCGCUUUUUUCUGGCUGGUUUUUAAGGAAACAUGCAAAAUUGUUUACCCCGACUCACGGAAAUCAAGGGAGAGUGUUGUUUGUAUCACUUGUUAUUUUUGUAAUUUAUUAUUAAUCCAUUGUAGUACCAAUUUCCUGAACUUUUUGUACCAUGCAAAAACCUCACUGGCCUUCAGUGAGCGUUACACGCAAGGAGGAUAGGAGCUGUAUUAAAGAAGAAAUACUUCUAUAUUUUAUAGAAAUACAGAAAUUGGCUAUAGGUGUAAAUCUUGGUAGAUAGAAUAUAACGGAAGCAUGACUUAUGUGCUCUUUGUAAUCCUCAAAAAUACACGGCUUGAAACAUUAACUUUCUUCAGGAUUAUUCAAAUGAACUGCAUAAAUAAACAAAUGCAGUUUUAUAUAUAUAUUGUUGAAUGUUUUUGAGAUGCUGCCUGUCUAUAGCAAUCCUCUAUGACCAUGGACUGUUGUUAAGAGUUUGCAUACGCUGAAAAUGAACUAUACACCUUUUGUUACUUUUUUAUAAAUCCAGUGUAAAGAAGGAGAAAAAAAUAAAUAAAAAACCCUACGGAUGGAUCAGUUAAAUAUUUUAAGAUGGUGCUUUGUAUAGUAAAGAAUAUUGGUCAUAUAUGUGGAUCACUGACUGUCACUUAUCUUUAAUUUAAUUUGAUUCGAAAGAAAAAAAAACACAUUUUGCACACACAAUAUAAUGGCUGUAUAUAAUAGGCAAAAAAUCUAUUUACCAAACUCUUUAUGGACUGAAUUAUUAUUAUAUAUUUCAUUUAAAUCUGGUGCACACAUACAAAUCUCUCUGUCUUCUCUUCUUUUAUUAUUGUUUUUGUAUAGUAAAAAAGGUCUCCAUAUGGACUGGCGGCCCAUGUUAAGACGGUUGUUCCUUUAUAGCAUGAUUUAAUGGCAACACUUCUAACUUUCAUAGCUGACCGGUGCAAUUUGCUACAUGUAACACACACUAUCAUUUUUUUGUAAGAGUGUUUUAUUUUUGUGUGUAAUUAGAUCUGAUUAAAC